AUGACACUUCCAACCUCAAACCCCCACCAUCCAGCAUCGACUCCCAUCGUGACACCGACAACUCACCCUCAUCUCCUCAUCCGCUCAGGCUUCGGCAAGAUCUGCGCCUUCGAGAACGGCAACCCACAACUCCCCCUCGGCUGCCUCCCAGGCUACGACUGCACACAUGAUGGCGCGGCGAGCGUGAGCGGGUGCUGUGCGACUGCUGCAGCAGCUGGGAAGUGCAUGCUAGAGACCACGCCUGCCGAGGGCGCAUACUUGGUAUAUCUCCGUCUGAACGCUUGCACUGGUGAGAGAACUGACGCCAGCAGUGAUGAAGCAGAGCCGUACUGCACGACUGCGUACUUUGUGGACGGGUACGCCAUGUUCACUUGUGGAGCUGGAGAGGGGCGGGCACAGGUCUCUGCGUUCUACCACAUGUCGUCGUCCAGCAUCGGUAGGCAGCAACAGCCGUAUGCAUCGUCGGGGGUAGCAUCUGAACAACCUGACGCCGUAGAUAGUGACGGCGGAAGUACCAGCAAGAGCAGCUCGUCGGCACCCAUCGGUGCGAUCGUGGGAGGCGUGGUUGGCGGCGCUGCCGUCCUGCUCAUCACCAUAUCUCUGGUGUGGUUCGUGUUGCAAAAGAGAAGGAAGGACAGAUCGGCGACUGCAGCGAGAUCUGGUUCAAGUGGCUCACCCAACUCCCUGGACACUGCGGAUCAAGUUCAACAUGUCGUGUACGAAAAGCAAGGCCUCGGAUAUUCGGAAAUGGCAGCGCGACCAGCUGAGAUGUUUGAUGGAAGAGCCAGGUAUGCCCACGAAGCGCCGCUGGUGCCAGCAGAUCCCACGUCGGUCGGUCGAAGCGAGUUGCCUGCGGAGAGAGAUAGUAGAUACGAGCUGAUAUAG